CACAUUUACAUUUACUCACACCACCAAAAUCUCAUUCAAGCAAUUUAACAAACAGAUCGUGGGCAAACUUCCGAUCACUUCCUCCACAAACUCUCCAAUUAAUCUAAAAUUCUUGCAUCUACAGUCACAAUCACCAUGUUCGAAUCCAAAAUCACUUCAAGAUCUCUCAUUUUCCCAUUAGUUCUCCUCCUCCUCCUCGUCGUAUCUCCCUUCACUUUCACCACAGCACUAUCAGAAGAAGAAGACGAGUAUGCCGACGAUUUGCAGGAACUCAUAGCAAUAGACGACGAGCAAGAAAGCGGAGGAAACUCGCCGCAUUACGAAAGCAGAGAUUUCGGGAAGAAAUCCGAGGCCGAGGUUUUGAGCAAGGCGCAGAGGGUGGUUAUCGAGCUGAACGGUGAUUCGACGAAGAGGGUAAUUGAGGAGAAUGAGUAUGUUAUGGUGUUGGGCUACGCCCCAUGGUGCAGUAGAAGUGCUGAGUUGAUGCCUGAGUUUGCAGAUGCUGCAAAUGUGUUGAAGGGUAGUUUGGGGAUUGGAAUUUUGAUGGCUAAGAUUGAUGCUGAGAGGUACCCGAAAGCUGCUUCGUUUCUUGGGAUUAAAGGGUUUCCUACUCUCUUGUUGUUUGUCAAUGGCACUUCUCAGCCUUACACCGGUGGAUUUUCGUCGGAAGAAAUGGUGUUAUGGGCGAGGAAGAAAACAGGGGUACCCGUUAUUAGAAUAAACUCGAUAACCGAGGCAAAUGAAUUCCUGAAGCAGCAUGCCACGUAUGCAGUUGGGCUAUUCGAUAAAUUUGAGGGACCUGAUUAUACAGAGUUCGUAAAAGCUGCGGCAGCUGACAAUGAAAUCCAAUUUGUGGAAACAACCAGCGCAGAGGUAGCCGACAUUUUAUACCCCGUGGCAAAACCAACUAAACCUUUCUUUGGUCUCGUUAAAAGCGAACCGGAGCAUCACACUUCUUUAGAUGGAAACUUGAGUUCAGACGGAAUCUUGAGAUUUUUGGAGAAUAACAAGUUCCCGUUAGUUACUUUAAUGACUGAGCUUAACUCUGCUAAAGUAUACUCCAGCCUAAAUAAACUGCAGGUAUAUGUCUUUGCUGAGACUGAUGACUUAAAGAAGCUUGUUGGAAUUUUACAAGAAAUCGCCAAGAAAUUCAAGUCAAAGGUGAUGAUUGUAGCUGUAGACAUUGGAGAGGAAAACCUUGCAAAGCCCUACUUGACUUUAUUUGGUCUAGAAGAUUCCGAAGAAACUGCUAUUAUUGCUUUUGACUACAAUAGCAAUUCCAAGUAUCUGUUGGAGUCGGAUCCCACAUCAAGAAACAUCGAAGAUUUCUGUUCGCAGCUUCUGCACGGAACUCUGACCCCAUACUACAAAUCACAACCAAUUCCCGAUAAUAAAAAUGCUAGCAUUCUCACAGUUGUAGGGAAGACAUUCGAUGACUUGGUCCUAAGCAGCCCCACAAAUAUUCUUUUAGAGGUUCACACACCAUGGUGCAUCACCUGUGAAACAACAAGCAAACAAAUGCAAAAAUUGGCUAAGCAUUUCGAGGGCUUGGAAAACCUCAUCUUUGCAAGAAUUGAUGCUUCAACUAACGAACAUCCACAAUUGCAGGUUGAGGAGUACCCAGCGUUACUAUUCUACCCUGCUGGCGACAAGUCAAAUCCGAUAAAGUUACCUACUAAAUCGAGCUUGAAGGAAUUGGCAGCAAUAAUCAACAAGAAUUUGAAAACCAAGGAACCUUUGGCCAAAGAUGAGCUGUAAUCUUUCAUCGAAGUUGAUUUAAUUCGAGAGUCGUACGAGCAAAAAGCAGUAUGAUUAGUAGACACUUAACUUAUAUGGACAUGAUUUUAUGAACUUAUACUUCGAGAAACAACUUAAAUACGUGUAUAAAUAGAUCGUGUACCUGUAGAGAAAUUACUGCCGUGUUCGGGAAAAAAAUAUUCCCUUGUAACACACCCUUAUCUUUGGAAGAUUCUUGUUGUCCAGAAGUUGAACAAAUUAAAUUUUCUUUUUACAAAUUGUAGUGAAUUAACGAAGUAAUACUAAUGUCUCGAUUUUCUU